AUAUUUUAUGGGAAAGGUUCACAAACAAAAAGGAUAUAGAUUUGAAAAUGGAAUUUCCAAAAAAGGGUUUGUUGAAUUCAGAAAAAUGCUUGGAAUGCCAUAAUUUGAAAUGGCGCAUGAAAAUAAUAAUCUAAUGAAAAUGUAAACAUUACAGAUAAAUAUUGACAAUGAUGAUAAGUGGCUUAAUACAUAUGUAAUUUUAUUAACUUAUUUAAUUAGAAACCAACACCUGAAGUUAAAUUGUAAAAAUAUCUCAUACAUUGUAAGAAUAGUGAUCAAUCGAUUAUUUCUUCUUUAAAUAAGGUUGAUCGUUUUCUUAAUCAAUAAGGGAGACAUAAAACGAUUGGAUAAGGCAAGGAUGAAGAGAUACAAAAAAAAUAAAAUAGUUUAAGUACUGAAGUUUAGUAUUCCAAUAAAAUUGCUUGA